AUGGAUAAACGUCUAGCUAUGGAUUUGCAAGAAAUGCAACAAGAAUUAAUUGCAAUUCGUCAUGAUAUUCAUGCCAAUCCAGAAUUAUCUAUGCAAGAAGCACGCACAUCAAAGCUCGUCGCUAGAAAACUCAAACAAUAUGAAUUUAUUGUCACCGAGGAAGUUGGUACAUUGGAAAGUGUACCCCCAGGUGAUCGUUUGAUUGCAUUACGCGCUGAUAUGGAUACUCUAAAGUUAGUUGAAGAAAGUAAUGUUUCCUAUACUUCUACAGUACCAGAAGUCAUGCAUGCUUACGGACAUGAUGGACAUACUGCAAUGCUACUUGAUGCGGCAAAGUAUUUAAGCAAUCAUCGUAAUUCAUUUUUUGGUACGGUUUAUUUCAUCUUUCAACCUGGUGAAGAAAAACUCGAAGGCGCUGUCGCGAUGAUGAACGAUCAAUUAUUUGAACGAUUCCCAUUCGAUGUUAUCGAUGGACUGCAUAAUUCAUCAGGUAAACCUAUCGGGACAUUUAAUAUACGAUUUAGUCCGAUGAUGGCUGCAUCUGAUCGUUUUCUUGUGACAUUUCAAGGUACCGAUGGACAUGGAGGCGCGUAUUCACACUUAGCGAUGGAUGUUACUGUUUUACAAGCUCAAUUUAUUUUAGCACUACAAACUAUCGUAAGUCGAAAUAUAUCACCAAAUAAUGCAGCUGUAAUUAGCGUUGGUGCAAUUCAAGGAGGCUCCUUUAAUUCACUUAAUGUUAUGCCAUCAGAAAUUCGUAUUGGUGGCAUUACUAGAAGUUUUACAAAAUUAGUUCGUGAUAUAAUCGAACGGCGAAUCAAAGAACUUGUUCAUGGUUUCGCUCAAAGUUUCGGCUGUACGGUUCAAAUAGAAUAUAAUCGAUUGGGGUGCAGCACUUGUUAA